AAGGUUUGAAUAUUUUCAAAACUUUUGCUACCCUUAAAUUUGAUAGAUCAUUCUGGUAAUCAAUGCGUUCAAAUCAUUAAAUUCGAAAUGCCUCAACCGAUUCCCUCAAAUAAAUGAGCUAGAUUCCAAAAGAUCGUGACAAGUUUAGAAUGUAAACGCAAAUAAUCAACAUGAACUUUUACCUGGAGUUACUCGAGGGGAAGUAACUCCCAAUGCCUUGAUAGAUUAAGGAAGGAAGAAGAGGGUUUGUUCAUCACAGCAUAUAUGUAGCUUAAGAGCUUACAGUGGAACCAUGGCGAUGCCACUUUUAUAUGUUAUACCGGGUGAUCAAGUGGGUGCAAUACAAUUCUCAUAAAACAGUUAGUGUGAGUGAAGUAGAAGCGUUAUAUGAACUAUUUAAGAAGAUUAGUAGUUCUGUUGUUGAUGACGGUCUGAUCAACAAGGAAGAGUUUCAACUGGCAUUAUUUAAAACCAAUAAAAAAGAGAGCUUAUUUGCUGAUAGGGUUUUCGACUUGUUUGAUGCAAAGCACAAGAAUGCACUAGAAUUUGAAGAAUUUGCUCGAGCACUCUCAAUCUUUCAUCCAAAUGCUCCACUAGACGAAAAAAUUGAUUUUUCUUUCAAACUAUAUGACCUCAAGCAACAAGAAUUUAUUGAGAGACAAGAGAUGCAGGUGAAGAGAAUGGUAGUGGCCACUCUUGCAGAGUCAGGCAUGAACCUUUCAGAUAAUGUCAUUGAGAGAAUCAUUGACAAGACCUUUGAGGAGGCAGAUACAAAACACGAUGGCAAAAUUGAUAAAGAAGAAUGGAAGAGCCUUGUUCUUCAUCAUCCUUCCCUUUUAAAAAAUAUGACACUUCCGUACCUCAGGGACAUUACAACAUCAUUUCCAAGCUUUGUGUUUUAUUCUCAAGUCGAAGAUGGAGUCGUCCACGAAUAGCAACCAUGUGCAAAAUCCUUCUGCAAAGUUAAAAGAGGCAGCAUUAAAUGCAAAUGCCUAUCUGAACUCAAAAUCUAGGUUCAAGUUGCAUGACACAGUUUAAAUAUAGAUGAUGUUCAUCCAGUACCUCCGUUCUCAUUAUAUUUCACAUGUUCUAGCACAUAUUUAUCCAUUUUUUUCUUUGAUUACUUAUUUUUCCCUCCCGUCUAUAAGUAGAAUGUAUUCAGUAGGUUACACAUUAGUACCAUGUAUAGAAGGAUGUCCAUCGCUGAUUUUACAUUAAAACUCUGCAACAUGAUCUACUAAGAAAAGGUAAUAUUGUGGGAAGCUAGUACGUGUGCUGUUCCAAUGCACAUGCUAUAUUUUUGGGUUAACAGUGUUUUUCUUUUCUGAUGAAUGUUUACGUUAUCAGAAGUAUUUUGAUAUAAAAGGUUCAAACAGUUACCUUAA